UGUCUCUUAUGUGUUUCACACUCGAGCUGCAGUCUAGUUGGACAGCUCAUGUCUGCUGGAAACGACGAGUUUGGAUUUACACACAUUUCUAAACCACUUCAUCUGAGUCUGUUGGGUUCUAACAAGAGACUAAAAUGUGUUUGGUGAUGUAAAUAAACUAUUUUGUGAAACGAUCGUUUCUGGCAGAAGAAAAAUGUCUGGAUGAAGAGUAUAUCACCAUUAAACUGCAGGUUUCUGUAAUGACUAAUUAAUGUGGGCAUAAUGGAGACGAAGGCACAGGUUUUAUAUGAUUUCACAGCAGAGCCUGGAAAUAAUGAGCUGUCAGUUGGAGAGGGUGAGACAAUCACAAUAACCAAUCAGAACGUUGGAGGAGGAUGGAUCGAGGCAAAGAACUCCAGAGGAGAAGUCGGAUUGGUACCAGAGGACUAUAUAGAGAUUAAACCUGCUCAACCUUUUACCUCUGGAGGUAAUGCAGCAUCCCUCGAUCUUUCGCUCUUUGACAGUCACAUACCGACCCCGACCCCAGCCAGCACCGCACAGGUGGAUGUAGCUCAGCCGGAAAGCCCAGUCACCCCAGUUACCCCAGGAUUUUCCUCCACCUCCCCUGAUGAGACAAGUAAUGGUAAUGACCCAUGGGCAGUGUUUGACAAUAAUGCGUCUGGGGGGGUUUCUAAUAACUGGGCAGCUCAGCCAGAGGGCACAGAGACCGGGAAAACCAGCAGCAAUGCAUGGCAUUCUGGAGGACACGGGCAUCCGCAGGCCUAUCAGGGUCCAGACAUUUACCCCUACCCAUGUCUUAUUGAUCUCUCAGGUGCAGAAGAUGAUGAGUGGGACGAGGAGUGGGAUGAUGUGAAGUCAUCGGGUGGCUAUGCUGAAUCUGACGCUGGAGAGGGCGGGGCUAUAAACAGAGGCGGAGCUCAUGGUACAUCCAUGAAAAUUGCCCUCAACAAAUUCCCUGGCUUCUCCAAAUCAGGUCCUGAGCUGUACCUGCUGUCCAAACAGCCUGCCAAAGGAACCAAGUUGCCCGUUUACGGUGGAGAGGUUGGCCCAGUGUGGGCGUAUCCGGACUAUCAGCUGGACUGUGUUGUUGCUGACCCUAAAAAGGGCUCCAAAUUGUACGGCCUCAAGAGUUACAUUGAGUACCAAGUCACACCAACCACCACAAACAAACCUGUCAAUCACAGAUACAAGCACUUCGAUUGGUUGUAUGAAAGGCUUUUGGACAAAUUUGGUUCAGCGAUUCCUAUCCCCUGCCUGCCUGAUAAACAAGUGACAGGUCGAUUUGAGGAGGAAUUUAUAAAAAUGCGCAUGGAGAGGCUUCAGGGUUGGAUGUCGCGAAUGUGCCGGCAUCCGGUUAUCUCCAGCAGUGAAGUCUUCCAGCUGUUUCUCUCCUACAAAGAUGAGAAGGACUGGAAAACAGGAAAGAGAAAAGCAGAAAAAGACGAGACAGUCGGAGUGAUGAUUUUCUCCACGAUAGAGCCUGAAGGACAGCCAGACCUGGAUCUGAUUGAAGUAGAGCAGAAGUGUGAGCAGUUCAACCGUUUCACCAGGGCGAUGGAUGACGGUGUGAAAGACUUGCUGACGAUAGGAAAUGAACACUGGAAGCGCUGCACAGGCCCCCUUCCAAAGGAAUAUCAACGGAUUGGCAAAGCUUUCCAAAACCUGUCCUCAGUGUUCACCAGCAGUGGCUACGAAGGAGAAGCUGCGCUCACAGAUGCACUGACGGCCGCAGGAAAGACCUAUGAGGACAUCGCGCAGAUGGUGGCGGAGCAGCCCAAGAAAGACCUUCACUUCCUCAUGGAAACUAACAAUGAGUACAAAGGUCUGCUGGGAUGCUUUCCUGACACUAUUGGAGUUCACAAGGCUGCCAUAGAGAAAGUGAAGGAAGCGGAUAAACUAGUGGCCACCGGUAAAAUCACCUCCUCAGAGAAGACCACCAUGUCUAAACGUGCCAGCACCAUGUCAUACGCUCUGCAAGCGGAGAUGAACCACUUCCAUAGCAACCGUAUCUAUGACUACAACAGGGUGAUGCAGCAGUACUUGGAGCAGCAAGUCAAAUUCUAUGAGAUGAUUGCAGAGAAACUGCGACAUGCUCACAGUCAGUUCACUACCAUGUAACAGCGGAGAGGCCGUCCAGAAGCUGCCUCACUCGUUCUCUCUGUUCCUCUUACAUGAUUAUUCUCGUUCUGUAUUUCUAUUCAUGUUAUCUGUGUCAUGAUGUCAGUGCCAUAAAAAUAUCCUGUUGAUCUCAGGCCAAAGAAAGCAUCGAUCAAUGGCCAAGCUCGAGUGUUUUUAAAAAGCAGCUACAGAUAUAUAAAUACCCAAUUAUAUGGGGCUUUAAUUAUUAUAAUUAUGUAGUGCUGAUUUAGAUGUUCCAAGUUCUGAUAAAUAUGAAAGAUGCAGAGAAAGACGUAACUUUACGUACUUUUAUACAAUUGAUCUAAACCUAUUCUGAGGCCAAGCCAAGUUUGAUUGUGCCUUGUUUUGCAGAGACCCUGCGAAAAAACAUGCUUUUUAUCCACUGCACUUUACUGUGGCCUUUCAGACGCAUCAUCCUGUUUGUGUUUGGUCACAGCCAGAAACAAGCCCGAUCAUUUUCUUUGGAGGCUUCUGAAGAUAAUAACAGGAGGGCUGGUCCUUUUUCCCCAUAAGAGACAUUUUGAUGUUGUUUUUCUCUCUCCCCGAAGCCAAAUUACAAACAGAGCUUGUGCUCAGCUUGAUGCUUCCACCUCGCUGCAAUUAUCACCAAUUUCUUAUCUUGUAAAAAUGAAAUUAUACUCCAUCUGAUGCAUGUUGUUCAUAUAUUUUGUAUGUAUAGCAGUGUUAACAAGUCUUUUGCACACAGAUUGACAAAACAAUUGAGAUUAUGAUUCAAUAAAUACUGAUUUGUAUGCUA